AACACUGCUCUAAACUCAUGUAAAGAGCGAAAAGGAAAGAAAAAAACAGAAGUGGAAAGUGGCCCAGAGGCAACAGAAAACGGAAAAUGGCAUGUUCCCUAUUUAAGGUAUCUGGACAAAGCAAGACCUUCAGAGAAAAUAGAGCCCAAGGUUCAGAUUCAUCCAUCUCAGCAAGCCCAGAAGCAUCUGCAAUAUCUAUCAUGGCCUUGCCCUUUCCUUCACUGAUGGCCCUGGUGGUGCUCAGCUGCAAGUUAAGCUGCUAUCUGACCUGUGAUCUGCCUCAGACCCACAGCCUGGAUAACAGGAGGACCAUGAUGCUCCUGGCACAAAUGAGGAGAAUCUUUCCUUUUUCCUGUUGGAAGGAUAGGCAUGACUUUGGAUUUCCCCAGGAGGAGUUUAAUGGCAACCAGUUUCACAAGGCACCAGCCAUCUUUGUCCUCCAUGAGAUGAUCCAGCAGACCUUCAAACUCUUUACCACAGAAGACUCAUCUGCUGCAUGGGAUAAGGACCUCCUAGAUGAAUUCUGCACUGAACUCUACCAGCAGCUAAAUGACUUGGAAGACUGUGUGAUAGAGGAGAGGGUGGGAGAAACUCCCCUGAUGAAUGUGGACUCCAUCUUGGCUGUGAAGAAAUACUUCCGAAGAAUCACUCUCUAUCUGACAGAGAAGAAAUACAGUCCUUGUGCCUGGGAGGUUGUCAGAGUAGAAAUCAUGAGAUCCUUCUCUUUAUCAACAAACUUACAAGAAAGAUUAAGGAGGAAGGAUUAACACCUGGUCCAACAUGAAAACGACUCUAAUUGACUCAUACACCAGCUCACACUUUCAUGAAUUCUGCCAUUUCAAAGACUCUCUCUUCUGCUGUAACUAUGACCAUGCUGAUAAACUGAUUUAUCUAUUUAAAUAUCUAUUUAUUUAUAAGAUUUAAAUUAUUUUUGUUCAUAUAAUGUCAUGUACACCUUUACACUGUGGUUAGUGUAAUGAAACAUGUUCCUUAUAUUUACUC